AUGACACGGCACAGACGCCGAUGGGCGGACAGUAUCAUGCAUGUAGUUCCAUAGUCUCAUAGACCACGCGUUGAUAGGGUUGAGAGGAAAAUAGGAAAAGCAAUUAAUUUGUUCAGUGCAGCACUGGGCCGAGUUUGGAAAUCUGCACAAGCAAACGUAACUGCUGGGCGCUGCUGUGGGAAUCACUGGCCAGGAAUAGAGAACUGUUUCUCAGCGUCCUUUCACUCCCUUCAUACUCUGACGAGGCUAGGCAGCAAGUGUCCGGGCCUGGCCUCCAGCAGACGGAGGAAGGGAGGGAUGGCGAUGUCCAUUCAACAGCAGCUCGUUGCUUCCAUAGUCGCGUUAUUCGUGCUGAGCCCAUUUGGUUGUGAUGGCGCCUUGCUGCUUGGGCCAGUUGACAAAACGUACAUGAUCGGCGCUGACAUCAAUAUACCCUGCCGAGCACAGUCAACCUCGACUACCGGCAUCCUGGCAUAUACUUGGUGGUACAACAACACAAUAAACCUACCGAGCUGGCUUACGCCAUGCGGCACGGCCUUUGUCGGCGACAAGUGUAUACGGGGUGCCCAGAUACCGUACACAGGUUACUUUAGGUGCACGGCUGACGACGUCUCACAGACGCUGCUGCUGGGAAAUCAAACUGGACUGAUUCAAAUUAUCAGAGCUAUAGUGUUCAAGGAUCGACCACAGCCACGCACUGUCCAGGUCGGCAGCCCGGCAACAUUCCAGUGUUCUGUGGACACGGCGCUGGGUAGUGCGGCGACAAUCGAGUGGUUGUACCGUCCACUGUCCAACAUACCCACCCGCGUAGCGCUCACCACGGAGAUAACGCAGACCGGGAAUGACCUGCACUUCACGAAUGUGCAGGACACGCUCCUCGGCACCUAUUACUGUGUGGCUCGCAAUGCUGCAGGCACCGUCAAUGCAUCGGCCACGCUGAGUGCCUUCGGAGCUGGAAGUCCUACUGUGAAUUUACUGUCGACUCCAGUUGUGGAAAAGACCAUUGGUAAUUCAGUCACAUUUCAGUGCAGCGUCACUGGUCGGCCAGCCAUUUUCAUUGUCACAUGGUACAAAGAUGAUACUGUUAUCCAGCACUCACCGCCACAUCUCCAGAUCGAGGCUGACAACAGUCUGAAAAUAGUAACACUGACCAAAGGUGAUGCUGGUAUGUACAAGUGCAGUGCACGCAACACACUCGGAACCGGCUCCUCCAGCAGUGUCAGGUUACAAGUCGACGAACCAACUGACCCUGGAAAUGGAGAUAGCGGCUCUUCAUCAGGGCUCAGUGACUCUGAGAGGACGAUUGUCAUAGCAGUAUGUGCCGGCGGUGGAGGUGUUCUGCUGCUUGCAAUCGUGGCCAUACUGCUACUGAGGAAACCGAUUCAGCACGGCUCCGGAGUUGUGCGUAGGUCGGUACGCCCGUUGGAGACACCCGAUGUUCCACCAGUUGGUUUCACAUCCAACACGACGGGGAUGUAUCCCGGCAGACCUAGCUCAAGGAUCAGCAAGAAGGAGCACCGCAGCAGCCUGGAACACCGCAUGAGCCGCAACUACAGCGACACAGCUCUAAUGAUUGGCAAAGGCGCACCAGAGAGUGACAUUACGGGCCUGACGGGAGGAUCCUGACUCUGGUCAUACCUUUUUUUGCCCCUGUAUAUUCUUGAACUCUUGUCGGAGCACUCUGAUCAACCUGUAUCUGCCCCCCCCCCCUCCACAGGAAAUAGUAAUACAAACUACAUUGCUAUGCGUAGGCUUCGAGGCCUUGACGGCUGUGCUGCAUAAUAAUUAUUUAGGCCUAUGAAUAAUAAUGUAUACACUUUUUGGAGCACCCCCUCUCACACAUGUCUAUACUUUGCAGUUUCUAAGUUAUGCGCUUCAAACAGUACCUGGAGUCACACUGCCUUACAUGCUUUCCACAUUCGCCGUAUUUUGUAGAACAAGUUACAUUUCAAAUAGACCAUAGUAAUUGGCAAUUUGCACAGCAUGCAUAUCAUGCCGGGCGGAAGCUCCACUUCUGUCCAAUGAUGAGAGAAGCGUUGAUAUCUAUUAUUAAAUUUUUAGAGCGCCCGAUGCACACACUCAUGUGCAUGUGCCGGUACUGAAAAGCAAUAUACAAAUGGAAGAGCGUUCAUCGCGGCCAUA